AUGUCCUGCGUCACUGCAUUCCCCGCAUAGGGCUGCGAUUCCUCCAUAGCUGCGGCGUCCCCUCUUUUUUUUGCUCUGUUUUUUGUCUUCGUGUCUCUUCAAGCUGUUGUUUUCUUUUUUGAGGCUCGCUUUUCCAAAAACGCGGCAUCACAUGCGGUCGUUGAGCCUCCUCCUCUCUCUCUCCGUGCCUGACAGUGUCUCACCUUGUAUAUUCUGUCAUAUUGCGUGUCUGAUAUCAUUUGUGAGAACUUCAGUUUGGGACAUCAUCUCUUCUGGUCUCAUCAAAUAUGGCUCCUCCUCCAUCAUCAGGUGCACUCACCCAGCCCCAAGCCUUUGGUCUCUUGGCGGCGUAUACCCUCGUCUACGUGCUCCCUCUGUACGCCUCGCCGCAAACGCGAGCCUCUCCCGGCCGCUCAAGAGACGCCCCCGAGGCCAUUCGCGCCAGAAUCACCGCCGUCUCGCUGUCCACGACUGCGUGCUCCCUCGCGACGCUGCUCCUCUUGCCCCAUGUCUGCGAUGCCACGGCGGCGGCCACCAGCUGCAGCCCGUUGCGGCUCAUGGGCUACUGGCCGGUUGGGCUGGCUGAGACGCUCAAGAGCUGCCUCCUGACGGGCUUGCUCUUUGCCGCGCCGCUGUACGAGGCUCUUGUGAUUGACGGCGGCUGGAGAGAAUGGAUCUCUGGAUUCCAGCCGCUGCGGGACAUUUGGGCUGAAUGGCCUGCUUGGCGAAACCUGGUUGCUGGCCCCGUCACCGAGGAGUGUCUCUUCCGCUCCGCCGCCAUCCCGCUGCUGCUGGUCGCAGGCUCCAGCCUGAGUAGAAUCAUCUUGCUGUCCCCCGUCGUCUUUGGCCUUGCGCACCUGCACCACUUCUACGAGUUCCGCGUCACGCACCCGCAGACGCCCCUGGUGGCCGCCAUCGCCCGCUCCGUGCUCCAGUUCUCGUACACGUCCGUCUUUGGGGCCUACGCAAACUUCCUCUUCCUGCGGACGGGCUCGUUGCUUGCCGUCGUUGUCGUCCAUGCCUUUUGCAACUCCAUGGGCUUGCCUCGCGUCUGGGGCGCCGUGCAGCCGUAUUGGCUCUCCGAGGAUGACGCUGCUCGGCCCGCCCGCGUGAUUCUGUGGUCGGGCAUCUACUACGCGUUGCUUGUUGGAGGCUCGGUUGCUUGGUGGAAGAAUCUCUAUUUUCUGACAGAGUCACCACUUGCUCUGGCUGUGUUCUAG